AUGGACGAUAUAUCCUGGCACCAAGAUGGAAACAGAGCCAGCAGAGAUCAAAGUGUUCCUGUGCUUCAAAUUCCAGACUCCUUUGAAGACUCUACAAAGGCCUUUUUGAUAGGUCUUCUUCAGACCAACAUCGAGGUUCGCCUUGGGUGUCAGGGACAGGGUUCAGAGGAACUGAUGACGCAUUCCUUCCUCUCAAAUAUGGACUGGGAGAUGGCAAAGCGUCAGCGACUCCAACCACCGUUAAUUCCUCCCCAGGGUGAGGUGAACGCUGCUGACGCCUUUGAAAUUGGCGCUUUUGAUGAAGAGGACACGCAGGGUAUUCGAUUGACAGAGGAGGACCAGCAAGUCUAUAAAGAAUUUGACGUGGUGAUAGCAGACCGGUGGCAACAUGAAAUGACCACCACCAUCUUCGAUGCGGUAAACGAGGACUUUGACCAGAUGGAAAGUAAAAGGCGCGCUAAGUUACAGCAGCGCCUAAAUCAACUAACCCAGACUCUUACAUCCCAACCUGAAGGCGAGACUACUUCAACUCUUACUGCCACGCCUUCAGCAUUGCCACAGUCACCCUUGUCGAGGUCGGCGUCGUCAACGGUGAUGGCGACGUCGCAGCAGAAGUCCUUGGACCACGAGGACAUUCCAAGUUGGCCUGCUGAACUGCUUCUCGAGUGGUGGAUCGAUCCGGAGAGGUAUGGCUGUGGGCCCUCAGAUUGCCUGGUGGAGAGUGAACUGCUACGACUUGGUGGACCCUUCCUUCACACAUGGCAGAAGAAACAUGUUCGUCUCUUCCCUAAUCGACUCGAAAUUUACACCAAAAAUCAGCACGGUAUACCGCUCAAGGGUGCCGAGGAUCAGAUAGUCGUGGACCAAUGGUUGAACGUACUUCUCCAGGCGUUCGAGGAUUCUAGCCAGGUCUUGAGUAGCAUGAGUCGCAAGGUUUACUGGAUUUAUGGGAUUGACGAACCCAAGCUCUACGCACGAGCCUCACCCUCCUGUUCCAAUUCAACCCAACUUCCUCCGCCCCCUCCACCACCACUAGGGGUGACUCAGCCUGACCUAGCGACAAAACGGAAGCAAUUCCGACGCAUGCAGUCCUUCCAAACUGCCCUCACCUCCCGUAACUGGUCCCCUCCACCCCCUGCACCACCACCACCACCACCACCUGCGCCGAUAUCAAGUGCGUCGUCAGCAUCGCAGCCGCCGGCGGUUGCAGAGACGACGAGUGCGCGUCGUGUUAUUCUCAAGAACCUGAACAAAAUGGGCUUCUCUCGCAGUCAGGAUAUAUCCAGCCCUCUCCUACCACCACGACCGCCUUCGCCACUGCUGGAGUGUACAAAAUCAUCGCCCGCUGCUGGUAAUAGUGGUGGUGGUCAUCACAAACAGGCUUAG